AUGCCAGGAUGUGAGAAGUAGAUUUGGAGUCAAUUACAGCUGCAUUGAAGGAUGUAUGUGUAGGAGCCGUUCAUUACCCAUGAUGCAUUCUUUAAUAUUUACUAGUCAGAUACAUCCCACAGUAGCUUUGUGGUAGUUUUUAUUUUUUCAUUCCCUGUUAUGCACAUUCAUGUUUCUGUUCAGGAAAAUUUAUUAUACAAUAUGUUUUUUGGAUUUCCAUUUGCUGCUUCCUCUAACAUGCCCAAAGCUUUGAAUAGCACAUUGAAUGGCAAUCCUAUUUUCUUGCUCUUAGGCAUUCAGACUUUCUGUUUUUGCUGAUGACUGCCUGCAACACAUUCAUAAAGACAGUCAUUCAUGCAGCCUUCAUGCAAUCAUUUAAACAUGAGGCACAUCCAGAGAUAUUGGUUUACUCAUAAAGCUAACUGCUAGUCAUCCUCACCAUCACUAGUGUCGCUGUCACCAUCUCUCUGAUGAGUAUCUUAGCAGUUUUACGGUUCAUCACCAAAGUUAAUAUCCUGGCUACCUAUUCUGUAUUUAUUUUGUUGUUAAGUACCUUCUCAAGGGCCUUUGGAAUCAUGCAUUUCACAUUAAUUUGACUCAAUAAUUUUGUCCCACUUGCAAGUAUUGUAUGAGGAAAACGUAACGUAAUGACUAUAACUACUGUUCCCUGAAGGAGGGAAACAAAGUGCAACAUAAUCAGUUUAAGGAUCUACAAUCACACCUGACAAGGCCAAUGAAAUUCGCGCCUUGCUGGAAGCCCCGCCUUCCAUAAAUGAUAAGCAUGAGGCUCGGAUUAACGAAUACUAAAUGAAACAGCCAAUGGCAGACCCAAGACCUGAUCCCGCAAGAUUGUGGUGGUCUGGGUAUUGCACACACAUUGCGCUGCCUAGUGACUUUCCCCUGUUCCAGCUGUAAGUACACUUGGAAUAGGGACAUCCAAGUGAUAAAACCUCACAACAUUCAGCCACAUUGGAGGGUUUUCGAGCAUGAACUUGUCACGCUCUGGCUCCAGGACUGUGUAGUUUGAGCCAGGGUGUAUUCAUUUGGUUGUGUUGGGUAUAGGUUGUGUUCAUUUGGUUGUGUUUGGUUUUGGUUGUAGUGUCUCGUCAUGUGACUCCCAAUCGGAGGUAACGAGUGUCAGCUGUCGGCUCGUUAUCUCUAAUUGGGAGCCAUAUUUAAACUGUCAGUGUUCACCUUAGGGUUGUGGGUUUUUGUUCCAUGUUCAGUCAUUGUCACUGUGGACUUCACUAUCGUCAUUUGUUUUGUUGUUUUCGUGGUUGCUUUAAUUUUAUAAAGUCAACAUGUUCGCUAAACACGCUGCGCCUUGGUCCGCUUCCUUAGACGAUCGUGACAGAAAAACCCACCGUACCAGGACCAUGCAGCGUGUCCAGGAGCCAAGGGUCUGGACAUGGGAGGUGAUUUUGGAUGGUAAAGGGUCUUGGACUUGGGAGGAAAUCCUGGAUGAGAUGGAUCGCUGGCCAUGGAGUAAAACAGUGGAGAGGCGACUGAGAGAGGAGCAACACCCACCCAGCCCUCCCCUGUUUGGGGUUUUUGAGGCGCGGUCGCAGUCCGCGCCUUUAGGGGGGGUACUGUCACGCUCUGGCUCCGGGACUGUGUAGUUUGAGCCAGGGUGUAUUCAUUUGGUUGUGUUGGGUAUAGGUUGUGUUCAUUUGGUUGUGUUUGGUUUUGGUUGUAGUGUCUUGUCUCGUCAUGUGACUCCCAAUCGGAGGUAACGAGUGUCAGCUGUCGGCUCGUUAUCUCUGAUUGGGAGCCAUAUUUAAACUGUCAGUGUUCACCUUAGGGUUGUGGGUUUUUGUUCCAUGUUCAGUCAUUGUCACUGUGGACUUCACUAUCGUCAUUUGUUUUGUUGUUUUCGUGGUUGCUUUAAUUUUAUAAAGUCAACAUGUUCGCUAAACACGCUGCGCCUUGGUCCGCUUCCUUAGACGAUCGUGACAGAACUGCCUUUUUAAAGUCAUGCCACAGCAUCUCAAUAGGAUUCAGGUCAGGACUUUGCCUAGGCCACUCCAAAGUCUUCAUUUUGUUUUUCUUCAGCCAUUCAGAGGUGGACUUGCUGGUGUGUUUUAGAUCAUUGUCCUGCUGCAGAACCCAAGUUUGCUUCAGCUUGAGGUCAAGAACAGAUGGCCGGACAUUCUCCUUCAGGAUUUUUUGGUAGACAGCAGAAUUCAUGGUUCUUCCAGGUUCUGAAGCAGCAAAACAGGCCCAGACCAUCACAAUACCACCACCAUAUUUUUCUGAAAUGCUGUGUUAUUUUUACGCCAAAUGUAAUGGGACACACACCUUCCCAAAAGUUCAACUUUUGUCUCGUCAGUCCACAGAGUAUUUUCCCAAAGGUCUUGGGGAUCAUCAAUAUGUUUUCUGGCAAAAAUUAGACGAGCCUUAAUGUUAUUUUUGCUCAGCAGUGGUUUUCGUCUUGGAACUCUGCCAUGCAGGCCAUUUUUGCCCAGUCUCUUUCUUAUGGUGGAGUCAUGAACACUGACCUUAACUGAGGCAAGUGAGGCCUGCAGCUCUUUGGAUAUUGUUGUGGGGUCUUUUGUGACCUCUUGGAUGAGUCGUCGCUGUGCUCUUGGGGUAAUUUUGGUCGGCCGGCCACUCCUGGGAAGGUUCACCACUUUUCCAUGUUUUCGCCAUUUGUGGAUAAUGGCUCUCACUGUGGUUCGCUGGAGUCCCAAAGCUUUAGAAAUGGCUUUAUAACCUUUUCCUGACUGAUGGAUCUCAAUUACUUUCUCUCUCAUUUGUUCCUGAAUUCUUUGGAUCUCGGCAUGAUGUCUAGCUUUUGAAGAUCUUUUGGUCUACUUCACUUUCUCAGGCAGGUCCUAUUUAAGUGAUUCCUUGAUUGAGAACAGGUGUGGCAGUAAUCAGGCCUGGCUGUGGCUAGAGGAAUUGAACUCAGGUGUGAUAAACCACAGUUGAGUUGUGUUAUAACAGGUGGGGCAAACACUUUUUCACAAAGGGCCAUGUAGGUUUGGAUUUUGUUUUCCCUUAAUAAUAACAACCUUCAUUUCAAAACUGCAUUUUGUGUUUACUUGUGUUAUCUUUGACUAAUAUUUACAUUUGUUUGAUGAUCUGAAACAUUUAAGUGUGACAAACAUGCAAACAAAUAAGAAAUCAGGAAGGGGGCAAACACUUUUUCACACCACUGUAAGUCUAGAGCAGGGCGUAAAGUCCCGACCCCUUUCCGGAAUCAGGAAAUACCAGCUGUACCAGCGGUCCUGUAUCUGACAUAGAAACCACUCGGAUUGCCCGUGUCUGGAGAUGGGAGGAUAUUUCCUCCCUCAAAAUGGGCACUGAGGCCUUGGACAGUCGGCGUGAUGACGCCGCAGAAGCGUGGGGGACGUGCAACAAAUUUCAGACGGUACCCCAACGUCACUGUUUGCAUGAUCCAGAGCAACACUGCGCAUGUGUGCCAUUGGUUAGAGCAGUCAAGUGACAUCUGAAGGGGCGCCACCUUGUGGACUGGGAGAGAUUGGUUAUUUUUCCCUUUCCACCACUCUCUACCACUGUGUCUGAAUGUGGAGAAGGGACACUUUUCAUUGAACCCACAUGUGGAAGAUACAACACUUCUGACACCCAUGAACACUCUGGAAUGUUGGGUUGACACAAUUGUGUUUAUGCACCAAGGUUUGCCUGAAGCCCGGUCCACUCUGGAUUCGGGGGCUCCAGCAAUCAGUGAUGAACCCUGAUUGGCAGUGCCUCUUGGGGGUUCUUCUGUCACAACAAGCCUCACGUUGUUUAAGCAGUAAGAUGCGUCCGAGUAACCAGCUGCCACCCAGUGCUGGACCACACACAUAAAAAAUAGACCCAGGGGAAAACCACUAUAAUGAAGGUUAUCAUACCCACCAGUCAUAGGUACCAGUGCCACAGCACCUUUUAACCCAGCUGGAAAAGGGACAGACAGCUCUGAAAAACGGAUCCCUUCUGUGGUAGCAGACAGGGGUGAAUCAUAAUUGAAUCUUAUUCCUAGGAAUGAAACCAAUCACCUAUAAAACCCCAUAACCUGUAUCACUAAGCACCUCAUAGGGACUAGUGAGCUACAGGCAGGAAUCAGCAAUGAAUGCCAGUAAUGACCCACCUAUGGGGAGGAGUGCCCCCUUGUUGACAGAGAGCGAAUAGCCCAACUUAUUACUCUCACCAUGGGGAGAUUGAUAUACCCCUUGAACCCUGUGAACACAAUGGAAUGUGGGGUAACAGAGGGGGCAUUAAACAUGGACAAGCUUCCAAAGUUGUGCUUCUGUGAGACUGUAUAGCCUGGAUGAAGCCCGGUCCCUUAUGGAGACAGGGGGCUCCGGCAAUGGCUGACGUAGCCCCCGUUUGGCCGUAUCCAAACGUGGGGGCACUGACGUCACAGUAAUAUUUUUGUGGAGGGGCGCACCAGUCACUCAGACCUGUGCAAAGGCCUCUCGCUCCGGGGGUUAACCGAGCCAAGUGCUCGGAGGCUGCUUCCUCAUCUGAGGUUUCCUGCAAGCCCCACUUUCCUUCACUCCCUCCAACUCCAGGAAUUGGAAAUAGGAAUGGGAUUGCCAUAACGCUGGAGGAGAGCUAUUAAGCUUCAUUUGCCAGAAGUUAUGCAUGCCAGCCGACGUUAGCCACGACGAGGCUUCUAAUCUAAGCUAGGCUAGCUAGUCUCUUUGACCGCAGUACGGUCUGUUUAGAAUAACCAAGCGACUUAACACUAGCUACGUAUUCUAAACAAAAGAGCUACCCAAGCAAUUCAGCUUUAGGAAGCUGGAAUAGCUAGCAGUAGCUAGCUCGCCUCCGCGAGUUAGCUAACCUGGCUAGCACGCUAUGCAGGGCAUGUUAGCUAGCCUGGUCUCGAAAGUCUACGUAGGACCGGAUCACUGAGGUGGGACCAGGAUCGCUCUGGGAAGAGGCAAGCGGUGCUUAACCAAGGCAGACUCAGGCGGCGGGGGGAUACCCACAGAACCUGGUCACCCUCUCUCUUUUAGUAGCCUCCCAUAACUGGCAACAGAGCGCACAGGAGCCGGGCGACAUGACCAAUGACCCAAUCCAUUUCUGCGUCAUGCAACUCAGACUCAGCUGAGGUACAGGCACCCAGGAGAGCAAGUCACUAUCGGAAACACCAAGCCCCCUAAAGAAUGCUACACGAUUGUCAAGAGAUACUGCGCUGAGGACUAGUAGGGGAACAGUUCCCGCUGUCCCCUAGUGACACACAAACACUGAUUUGAGUGAGGGCAGCCUGAGCAUGAGCCGAAACAUACUCACGUUUGUUGUCUUGUAUCUUUUAAUUCAUUGGGGCAUGGUCGCGAACCCUAACCUGUCUUGUCAGCCUUUGUCGUUUCGGUCACGUUAGUCCUCUUACUUAUUGCUAUAGCCAGGCCAAGCAAUCGGAAGGAUAACUAAUUGUUCCUGAUUUAGGGAACAUAUGAUCAAAUCAAAUCAAAUCAAAAUGUCUAAUCAAAUCACAUUUUAUUUGUCACAUGUGCCGAAUACAACAGGUGUAGACCUUACCGUGAAAUGCUUACUUACAAGCCCUUAACCAACAAUGCAAUUCAAGAAAUAGAGUUAAGAAAAUAUUUACUAAAUAAACUGAAGUAAAAAAUGUAAUAAAAGGUAACACAAUAAAUUAACAAUAACGAGGCUAUAUACAAUGAGUCAAUGUGUGGGAGUACAGGUUAGUUGAGGUAAUUUGUACAUGUACAGUUGAAGUUGGAAGUUUACAUAUACUUAGGUUGGAGUCAUUAAAACUUGUUUUUCAACCACUCCACAACUUUCUUGUUAACAAACUAUAGUUUUGGCAAGUCGGUUAGGACAUCUACUUUGAGCAUGACACAAGAACAUUUUCCAACAAUUGUUUACAGACAGAUUAUUUCACUUAUAAUUCACUGUUUCAUAAUUCCAGUGGUCAGAAGAUUACAUACAAUAAGUUGAUUGCCUUUAAACAGCUUGGAAAAUUCCAGAAAAUGAUGUCAUGGCUUUAGAAGCUUCUGAUAGGCUAAUUGGCAUCAUUUGAGUCAAUUGGAGGUGUACCUGUGGAUGUAUUUCAAGGCCUACCUUCAAACUCAGUGCCUCAGUGUAUAAACACCCUGGGACCACGCAGCUGUCAUACCACUCAGGAAGGAGACGCGUUCUGUCUCCUAGAGAUGAACGUACUUUCGUGCGAAAAGUGCAAAUCAAUCCCAGAACAACAGCAAAGGACCUUGUGAAGACACUGGAGGAAACAGGUACAAAAGUAUCUAUAUCCACAGUAAAACUAGUUCUAUAUCGACAUAACCUGAAUGGCCGCUCAGCAAGGAAGAAGCCACUGAACACCAUCCCAACCGUGAAGCACGGGAGUGGCAGCAUCAUGCUGUGGGGGUGCUUUGCUGCAGGAGGGACUGGUAAACUUCACAAAAUAGAUGGCAUCAUGAGGAAGGAAAAUUAUGUGGAUAUAUUGAAGCAACAUCUCAAGACAUCAGUCAGGAAGUUAAAGCUUGGUCGCAAAUAGGUCCUCCAAAUGGACAAUGACCCCAAACAUACUUCCAAAGUUGUAGCAAAAUGGCUUAAGGACAACCAAGUCAAGGUAUUGGAGUGGCCAUCACAAAGCCCUGACCUGAAUUCUAUAGAAAAUCUGUGGGCAGAACUGAAAAAGCAUGUGCGAGCAAGGAGGCCUACAAACCUGACUCAGUUACACCAGCUCUGUCAGGAGGAAUGGGCCAGAAUUCACCCAAUUUAUUGUGGAAAGUGUUAGAAAUUGCGUAAUUCAAAUCUGGUAUUGGAAUAAGAAUCAAGAGAUCUUCAAUCCAAGCUAAAUUUAUUAUAUGCAAAAUGUAUGUAUGAUAAGUAUGAAGGUUCGUAUAUACGGGUCCACUGAAAUACCACGCAGGGCACUCGGAGAACUAAUCCAUUGUUACAGGUUCUUCUUCAAAUACUCUGAAAGAGAUAUUUCCCACUCCCUGCUGGCCAAUCAGAGUAGAGACUGAGCGUGGUUUAGACUUACUCAGCCAAUCCGUUGGUGCACCGGCUGGUCCCAGUCUUUGGCGCUCCACUUGUUGCACACUGUUGCCAGGCAUAAGUUUUUAUCAUAACAACCUGUGGAGUUAGCACCCAAAAGACACCAUUCUGCUGUACCUACGUUCAAGGACGGUUCACAGACAACAAAGAGGCAGUGUUCGUAUCUGUAAGAAAUACAAGUCUUAUCUGUCCUACCCCCUAACGUUCCUUACAUGAAUCACAGCUUGUUAUGUGAAACAAUUUAUUUCAGUAUAGUACAAACCUUCUAUGCUUAUCAUUAAUGCAUUCCUUCUAAGCUAUUCAUCACAUACAGAUCCAAUUAUGAGAAAAUAGAGCCCCACAAAAGCUUGUGGAAGGCUACCCGAGACAUUUGACCCAAGUUAAACAAUUUAAAGGCAAUGCUACCAAAUACUAAUUGAGUGUAUGUAAACUUCUGACCCAUUGGGAAUGUGAUGAAAUAAAUAAAAGCUGAAAUAAAUAGUUCUCUCUACUAUUAUUCUGACAUUUCACAUUCUUAAAAUAAAAUAAAGUGGUGAUUCUAACUGACAUAAGACAGGGAAUGUUUAGUAGGAUUAAAUGCCAGGAAUUGUGAAAAACUGAGUUUAAAUGUAUUUGGCUAAGGUGUAUGUUGUUUGAUUAAUUGUUCAGCAGUCUUAUGGCUUGGGGGUGAAGCUGUUAAGGAGCCUUUUGGACCUAGACUUGGCACUCCGGUUCCACUUGCCAUCCGGUAGCAGAGAGAACAGUCUAUGACUUUGGUGACAGGAGUCUUUGACAAUUUUCUGGACCUUCCUCUGACACUGCCUAGUAUAUAGGUCCUGGAUGGCAGGAAGCUUGGCCCCAGUGAUAUACUGGGCCGUACGCACUACCCUCUGUAGCACCUUGCGGUCGGAUGCCGAGCAGUUGCCAAACCAGGUGGUGAUGCAACUGGUCAGGAUGCUCUCGAUGGUGCAGCUGUAGAACCUUUUGAAGAUCUGGGGACCUAUGCCAUAUCUUUUCAGUCUCCUGAGGGGGAAAAGGUGUUGUCUUGCCCUCUUCACGACUGUCUUGGUGUGUUUGGACCAUGAUAGUUCAUUGGUGAUGUGGACACUAAGGAAAUUGAAAGUUUCGACCCGCUCCACUACUGCCCCGUCGAUGUCUUUUUAAAAUGUUUAGAUCAGCUUUAAUAUUGCAGAUUGUAACUUCAAUCAAUUUAGAUGUCUGCAUCACUUCCAAUCCCCAAUAUGUUUUUUUCUCCGCAAAUAUACAUACAUACACUACCGUUCAAAAGUUUGGGGUCACUUAGAAAUGUCCUUGUUUUUGAAAGAAAAGCAAUUUCUUUGUCCAUUAAAAUAACAUCAAAUUAAUCAGAAAUAUAGUGUAGACAUUGUUAAUGUUGUAAAUGGCUAUUAUAGUUGGAAACUGCUGAUUUUUAUUGGGAUAUCUACAUAGGCGUAUAGAGGCCCAUUCUCAGCAACCAUCACUCCUGUGUUCCAAUGGCACGUUGUUUGCUAAUCCAAGUUUAUCGUUUUAAAAGGCUAAUUGAUCAUUAGAAAAACCUUUUGCAAUUGUGUUAGCACAGCUGAAAACUGCUGAUUAAAGAAGUAAUACAACUGGCCUUCUAGAGACUAGUUGAGUAUCUGGAGCAUCAGCAAUUGUGGGUUCGAUUACAGGCUCAAAAUGGCCAGAAACAAAUAACUUUCUUCUGAAACUCGUCAGUCUAUUCUUGUUCUGAGAAAUGAAGGCUAUUCCAUGCGAGAAAUUGCCUAGAAACUGAAGAUCUCAUACAAUGCUGUGUACUACUCCCUUCACAGAACAGCGCAAACUGGCUCUAACCAGAAUAGAAGGAGGGGUGGGAGGCCCCGGUGCACAACUGAGCAAGAGGACAAAUACAUUAGUGUGUAGUUUGAGAAACAGACACCUCACAGGUCCUCAACUGGCAGCUUCAUUAAAUAGUACCCGCAAAACACCAGUCUCAACGUCAACAGUGAAGAGGCGACUCCGGGAUGCUGACCUUCUAGGCAGAGUUGCAAAGAAAAAGCCAUAUCUCAGACUGGCCAAUAAAAAGAAAAGAUUAAGAUGGGCAAAAGAACACAGACACUGGACUUUUUCUUUGCAACUCUGCCUCUGGCCCCAGUGUGGAUGGUCAGCGUGGCAGACGUGUUGUUGCCUACCCUUACCACCUGAGGGCGGCCCGUCAGGAAGUCCAGGAUCCAGUUGCAGAGGGAGCUGAUUAGUCCCAGGGUCCUUAGCUUAAUGAUGAGCUUUGUGGGCACUAUGGUGUUGAACGCUGAGCUGUAGUCAAUGAACAGCAUUCUCACAUUGGUGUUCCUUUUGUCCAGGUGGGAAAGGGCAGUGUGGAGUGCGAUUGAGAUUGCAUCAUCUGUGGAUCUGUUGGGGCGGUAUGCGAAUUGGAGUGGGGGUCUAGGGUUUCCGGGAUGAUGUUGUUGAUGUGAGCCAUGACCAGGCUUUCAAAGCACUUCAUGGCUACCGGUAGUCAUUUAGGCAGGUUACCUUCGUUUUCUUGGGCACAGGGACUAUGGUGGUCUGCUUGAAACAUGUAGGUAUUACAGACUCGGUCAGGGAGAGGUUGAAAAUGUCAGUGAAGACACUUGCCAGUUGGUCCGCACAUGCUCUGAGUACACAUCCUGGUAAUACAUUUGGCCCGCGCCCUUGUGAAUGUUGACCUGUUUAAAGGUCUUGCUCACAUCGGCUACGGAGAGCGUGAUCACACAGUCGUCCGGAACAGCAGGUGCUCUCAUGCAUGUUUCAGUGUUGCUUGCCUCGAAGCGAACAUAAAAGUAAUUUAUCUCAUCUGGUAGGCUCGCGUCACUGGGCAGCUCGUGGCUGGGUUUCUCUGUGUAGUCCGUAACAGUUUGCAAGCCCUGCCACAUCCGACGAGCAUCACAGCCGGUGUAGUAGGAUUCAAUCUUAGUUCUGUAUUGACUCUUUGCCUGUUGGAUGGUUCGUCUGAGUGCAUAGCGGGAUUUCAUAUACAGUGGGGAGAACAAGUAUUUGAUACACUGCCGAUUUUGCAGGUUUUCUUACUUACAAAGCAUGUAGAGGUCUGUACUUUUUUAUCAUAGGUACACUUCAACUAUGCGAGACGGAAUCUAAAACAAAAAUCCAGAAAAUCACAUUGUAUGAUUUUUAAGUAAUUAAUUUGCAUUUUAUUGCAUGACAUAAGUAUUUGAUACAUCAGAAAAGCAGAACUUAAUAUUUGGUACAGAAACCUUUGUUUGCAAUUACGGAGAUCAUACGUUUCCUGUAGGUCUUGACCAGGUUUGCACACACUGCAGCAGGGAUUUUGGCCCACUCCUCCAUACAGACCUCCAGAUCCUUCAGGUUUCGGGGCUGUCGCUGGGCAAUACGGACUUUCAGCUCCCUCCAAAGAUGUUCUAUUGGGUUCAGGUCUGGAGACUGGCUAGGCCACUCAAGGGCCUUGAGAUGCUUCUUACGGAGCCACUCCUUAGUUGCCCUGGCUGUGUGUUUCGGGUCGUUGUCAUGCUGGAAGACCCAGCCACGACCCAUCUUCAAUGCUCUUACUGAGGGAAGGAGGUUGUUGGCCAAGAUCUCGCGAUACAUGGCCCCAUCCAUCCUCCCCAGAAUACGGUGCAGUCGACCUGUCCCCUUUGCAGAAAAGCAUCCCCAAAGAAUUAUGUUUCCACCUCCAUGCUUCACGGUUGGGAUGGUGUUCUUGGGGUUGUACUCAUCCUUCUUCUUCCUCCAAACACGGCGAGUGGAGUUUAGACCAAAAAGCUCUAUUUUUGUCUCAUCAGACCGCAUUACCUUCUCCCAUUCCUCCUCUGGAUCAUCCAGAUGGUCAUUGGCAAACUUCAGACGGGCCUGGACAUGCACUGGCUUGAGCAGGGGGACCUUGCGUGCGCUGCAGGAUUUUAAUCCAUGACGGCGUAGUGUGUUACUAAUGGUUUUCUUUGAGACUGUGGUCCCAGCUCUCUUCAGGUCAUUGACCAGGUCCUGCCGUGUAGUUCUGGGCUGAUCCCUCACCUUCCUCAUGAUCAUUGAUGCCCCACAAGGUGAGAUCUUGCAUGGAGCCCCAGACCGAGGGUGAUUGACCGUCAUCUUGAACUUCUUCCAUUUUCUAAUAAUUGCGCCAACAGUUGUUGCCUUCUCACCAAGCUGCUUGCCUAUUGUCCUGUAGCCCAUCCCAGCCUUGUGCAGGUCUACAAUUUUAUCCCUGAUGUCCUUACACAGCUCUCUGGUCUUGGCCAUUGUGGAGAGGUUGGAGUCUGUUUGAUUGAGUGUGUGGACAGGUGUCUUUUAUACAGGUAACGAGUUCAAACAGGUGCAGUUAAUACAGGUAAUGAGUGGAGAACAGGAGGGCUUCUUAAAGAAAAACUAACAGGUCUGUGAGAGCCGGAAUUCUUACUGGUUGGUUGGUGAUCAAAUACUUAUGUCAUGCAAUAAAAUGCAUAUUAAUUACUUAAAAAUCAUACAAUGUGAUUUUCUGGAUUUUUGAAGUGUACCUAUGAUAAAAAUGACAGACCUCUACAUUCUUUGUAAGUAGGAAAACCUGCAAAAUCGGCAGUGUAUCAAAUACUUGUUCUCCCCACUUUAUGUGUCCGGAUUAGUGUCCCGCUCCUUGAAAGCGGCAGCUCUAGCCUUUAGCUCGGUGCGGAUGUUGCCUGUAAUCCAUGGCUUCUGGUUGGGAUAUGUACGUAUGGUCAUUGUGGGGAAGACGUCGUCAAUGCAUUUAUUGUUGAAGCCGGAGACUGAGGUGGUAUACUCCUCAAUGCCGUUGGAUGAAUCCCGGAACAUAUUCCAGUCUGUGCUAGCAAAACAGUCCUGUAGUGUAGCAUCUGCGUCAUCUGACCACUUCCGUGUUGAUCGAGUCACUUGUACUUCCUGCUUUAGAUUUUGCUUGUAAGCAUGAAUCAGGAGGAUAUAAUUAUGGUCAGAUUUGCCAAAUGGAGGGCGAGGAAGAGCUUUGUAUAUGUCUCUGUGUGUGGAGUAAAGGUGGUCUAUUUUUUUUCCCUCUGGUGGCACAUGUGACAUGCUGGUAGAAAUUAAGUAAAACUGAUUUAAGUUUGCCUGCAUUAAAGUCCCCGGCCACUAGGAGCGCCACUUCUGGAUGAGCAUUUUCUUGUUUGCUUAUGGCCUUAUACAGCUCGUUGAGUGCGGUCUUAGUGCCAGCAGCUGUUUGUGGUAGCAAAUAGACUGCUACGAAUAAUAUACAAUGGGGAGAACAAGUAUUUGAUACACUGCCGAUUUUGCAGGUUUUCUUACUUACAAAGCAUGUAGAGGUCUGUAAUUUUUAUCAUAGGUACACUUCAACUGUGAGAAACGGAAUCUAAAACAAAAAUCCAGAAAAUCACAUUGUAUGAUUUUUAAGUAAUUAAUAUGCAUUUGAAGUUUCUGGCCUGUUUUCCAAAUGUUGUUGACUGUUCUUGCCAGAGAGUAUUAUCAUCAUCAGCGCUAACUGCUGCUCUCAAAAUCUGUUAUUUUCUCAUGUAGAUAUAUUCAAGACUUAUGACCAAACCAGUGUCAAAUUGGCAAGAUGUGGAAUAACAAAAAAUGGAGGCGUUACAGGAGAUUAUCCAGGCUCUGCUGUAGCUGGCCGCAACCGGGAGACCAAUGGGGCGGCGCACAAUUGGCCCAGCGUCGUCCAGGGUAGGGGAGGGAAUGGCCGGCAGGGAGGUAGCUCAGUUGGUAGAGCAUGGCGUUUGCAACGCCAGGGUUGUGGGUUCGAUUCCCACGGGGGGCCAGUAUGAAAAUAAAAAAGAAUAAUGUAUACACUAACUGUAAGUCGCUCUGGAUAAGAGCGUCUGCUAAAAUGACGUAAAUGUAAAUGUAAAAAUUAUCAAUUACAGAAAUUACCUCAUUUUGUAUGAGUUUCUCGCAGCGGCACAAUUCUCUCUGCUUACCAAGCAGUUCUUAUCCUUAUAUUUUUUAAUCUAUGGAGAAAAUUGAGAUGACUAACAGCACUAUACAGUGGGGAAAAAAGUAUUUAGUCAGCCACCAAUUGUGCAAGUUCUCCCACUUAAAAAGAUGAGAGAGGACUGUCAUUUUCAUCAUAGGUACACGUCAACUAUGACAGACAAAUUGAGAAAAAAAUUCCAGAAAAUCACAUUGUAGGAUUUUUAAUGAAUUUAUUUGCAAAUUAUGGUGGAAAAUAAGUAUUUGGUCACCUACAAACAAGCAAGAUUUCUGGCUCUCACAGACCUGUAACUUCUUCUUUAAGAGGCUCCUCUGUCCUCCACUCGUUACCUGUAUUAAUGGCACCUGUUUGAACUUGUUAUCAGUAUAAAAGACACCUGUCCACAACCUCAAACAGUCACACUCCAAACUCCACUAUGGUCAAGACCAAAGAGCUGUCAAAGGACACCAGAAACAAAAUUGUAGACCUGCACCAGGCUGGGAAGACUGAAUCUGCAAUAGGUAAGCAGCUUGGUUUGAAGAAAUCAACUGUGGGAGCAAUUAUUAGGAAAUGGAAGACAUACAAGACCACUGAUAAUCUCCCUCGAUCUGGGGCUCCACGCAAGAUCUCACCCCGUGGGGUCAAAAUGAUCACAAGAACGGUGAGCAAAAAUCCCAGAACCACACUGGGGGACCUAGUGAAUGACCUGCAGAGAGCUGGGACCAAAGUAACAAAGCCUACCAUCAGUAACACACUACUCCGCCAGGGACUCAAAUCCUGCAUUGCCAGACGUGUCCCCCUGCUUAAGCCAGUACAUGUCCAGGCCCGUCUGAAGUUUGGGAGAAUGUCAUAUGGUCAGAUGAAACCAAAAUAGAACUUUUUGGUAAAAACUCAACUCAUCGUGUUUGGAGGACAAAGAAUGCUGAGUUGCAUCCAAAGAACACCAUACCUACUGUGAAGCAUGGGGGUGGAAACUUCAUGCUUUGGGGCUGUUUUUCUGCAAAGGGUCCAGGACGACUGAUCCGUGUAAAGGAAAGAAUGAAUGGGGCCAUGUAUCGUGAGAUUUUGAGUGAAAACCUCCUUCCAUCAGCAAGGGCAUUGAAGAUGAAACGUGGCUGGGUCUUUUAGCAUGACAAUGAUCCCAAACACACCUCCCGGGCAACGAUGGAGUGGCUUCGUAAGAAGCAUUUCAAGGUCCUGGAGUGGCCUAGCCAGUCUCCAGAUCUCAACCCCAUAGAAAAUCUUUGGAGGUAGUUGAAAGUCCGUGUUGCCCAGCGACAGCCCCAAAACAUCACUGCUCUAGAGGAGAUCUGCAUGGAGGAAUCGGCCAAAAUACCAGCAACAGUGUGUGAAAACCUUGUGAAGACUUACAGAAAACGUUUGACCUGUGUCAUUGCCAACAAGGGGUAUAUAACAAAGUAUUGAGAAUCUUUUGUUAUUGACCAAAUACUUAUUUUCCACCAUAAUUUGCAAAUAAAUUCAUAAAAAAUCCUACAAUGUGAUUUUCUGGAUUUUUUUUUCUCAUUUUGUCUGUCAUAGUUGACAUGUACCUAUGAUGAAAAUUACAGGCCUCUCUCAUCUUUUUAAGUGGGAUAACUUGCACAAUUGGUGGCUGACUAAAUCCUUUUUUCCCCACUGUAUUUCAUUUUGUUUGCACUCCUUGUUGGAUUUCUGAAAAUAGAGCUUGAGUUAAAUGCUUCCUAAAGGAACAUACACCCAGUCAUCAUCACAACAUUGAAGAAAGGACGUUUCUAUUGACUGUGUGUAUGCUGCUGAUGCAUUGUUAUAUUGACAUUGUGCAUAUUUAUACAGUGGAUACCAUAGACUAUAACUGGAAAUAUUUAGGUUCCUAUGAAAUUUUGUUUAGUAAUAAUUUUCUGAUCUCUAAAGUAAUGUUCUUUGUAGAUAUAACUAUGCUUCCUCCUUUUCAGAUUCUCUGGGUGGCCCCUUCCCCACCACAUCUCACCACUGCCCCCAGAAGCCCAACAAGAGAUGUCUGCCUAUCCAGCAGUGUGGGGGCAGCCUGUCCUCCUUUCCCCUGCUCUUCCACCCAAGUGCCAAGGGCUCCCAGAUCGUCAUGGACGUGGCUCAGAGGACCGUCAAGAGGCAGGCCAGCUUCUGCAACGCCAUCACCUUCAGCCACCGGCCAAUCGCCCUGUUCGAGCAGGUCCGCCUCAAGGUAAGGACAGACUGGGAGGUGGACAUGUUCAUCAGUAAAGACUUUCUCUUUCCUCUCUUUCUUUUAGCCUAACUGUUUUCCAUGUAUUUUUUUGUCUGUCUCUCUCACUGUGUAUUUUGCCUUCAUUAUUCCCCUGAUUCUGUGUGGGCCAAAGCAGCUUAGCAAAAGUUUCCACUUCACCUAUCGGUCCAUCUAUGUCUCGAAAAUGAAAGAGCAUGGGAAGCAUUGCCAUGUGAUCCGUACUGUUAUCUUGCACGGUGAAGCAGUGUAAAUAGAAGUUUAAAAUGAGAUGAGACAAGAAUAGCCAGUCAGCGGAUGAUAAACAGACAUGUCUAUUUUUGUUGUUGUUGUUUACCAUUUGGUUUGUCAAAGUUUUAACAUAUGGCCAACCAGAAUGUGGAGUGAUAAAUCUUCGACAAACACGACUAAUGUUUAACUCCCUUUAUCAUGCUUUAAAUGGUACAAACCCAUUACCUGUUCCCAUUCAGAUCACUAAGAAGCAGUGCUGCUGGAGCGGAGCCCUGCGUCUGGGCUUCACCUCCAAGGACCCAUCCCGCAUCAACCCAAACAACCUGCCCAAGUACGCCUGCCCAGACCUUGUCUCCCAGAAUGGAUUCUGGGCCAAGGCCCUGCCCGAGGAGCUGUCCAACGAGGGCAACAUCAUCUCCUUCUGGGUGGACAAGAAGGGCCGGGUCUUCUACCGCAUCAUUGACUCCAGCCCCAUACUGUUCUUCAGCGGGGUCCAUGUCUCUGAGCCACUCUGGGCUCUCAUAGAUGUCUACGGCCUGACACGAGGGGUCCAGCUACUGGGUGAGUUUCACAGGAAGAAGGGACAGUGUAAUGGCGGCUUAUGA